GCCCAAGUCUGUGACACACUACCACGCCUACCCCGUCGGAACGCGGCAAUCGAAGCCCGCCAUGCUUGCCAAGAAGUUCUCGUCGUACCACCUCGCCGCGGCGCUCCGCCGGGAGCCGGACCCGGCCGCCGCGCUCCGCCUCUUCCUCAGCCCGCCGACGGAUGCCACACCCUCCGCCCCGUUCCGCUACUCCCUCCGUUGCUAUGACCUCAUCAUCUCCAAGCUCGCCGCCGCGCGCCUCUUCCCCGCCAUGGAGUCCAUCCUCUCCCGCCUCCCCGCGGCCGCCCCCAACAUCCGCCCCCGCGAGCAACUCCUCUGCCGUGUCAUCUCCGCCUACGGCCGCGCGCGCCUCCCCGCCGCCGCGCGCCGCGCCUUCGCGCACCCCGCCUUCGCCGCGCCCCGCACCGCCCGCGCACUCAACGUCCUCCUCCACGCGCUACUUGCCUGCCGCGCGCCCCUCCGCGAACUCCUUGCUGUCUGCCGUGACGCCGCCAUUCCGCCCGACGUGUGCACCUACAACAUCCUCAUGCGCGCCGCCGCCGCGUCCGGCUCUCUGGAGCACGCGCGGCACCUGUUCGACGAAAUGCUGCGGCGCGGUAGCGCCCCGACUGUCGUCACUUUUGGUACCAUCAUCGCCGCGAUGUGCGAAGCUGGCCAGUUGGAAGAGGCCUUCGAGGUGAAGGAGGCGAUGGUUAGGCGGUUCGACGUGAUGCCAAAUGCUCAUGUGUACGCAAGCCUGAUGAAGGGGCUCUGCGGGAGAGGGGAUAUUGAUGCGGCGGUGAGGCUCAAGGAGGAGAUGGUUGGAAACGCAGAAGUUAAGCUGGAUUCAGCGGUGUAUGCGACACUUGUACGGGCAUUGUUCCGGGUAGGGCGGAAAGGUGAGGUUGUUGGUUUGCUUGAGGAGAUGAAAGAGAGGGGGAUUGUGGCUGAUAGGGUGGUUUACAAUGCGAUGAUUGCUGGGUUUUGUGAGGAUGAGAAGGAUCCAAAUUCUGCAUUUGCAGUGCUUGAUGACAUGCAGAAGCGUGGAUGCAAGGCGGAUGCAGUGAGCUAUAAUACGUUGGUUGCCGGGUUGUGCAAGUUGGCGCGGUGGCAGGAUGCGAGUGAAUUGGUUGAAGAUAUGCCAAGGCGGGGGUGCCCUCCGGAUGUGGUUACCUACAGGAUGCUCUUUGAUGGGAUGUGUGCUGCUAGGGAGUUUCAUGAGGCAGAUAAGGUUUUGGAUGAGAUGGUUUUCAAGGGGUUUGCACCGAGCAAGGAUGGUGCCAGGAAGUUCGUUCAGGGGAUUGAGAGGGAAGGAGAUGCAGUGUUGCUGGAGUCGGUGUUGUGCCGGCUGGCAAAGGUGAAAGCUCUGGAGCCAAGUGGAUGGGAGAAAGCUGUGGGUGGUGUGCUGCAUGAUCCUACGGUGCUGAGGAUAGAGAAGCUGCUAGACUCUUUAAGAUUUGCUUGAUUAGAUAUCUUCAUCGAUUUGAUCAAUGCCGUUGUAGUUCUGAAAGAAUGACAUGCAUAGUUUUUUAACUACAACGAUGAUGCACCUGCUGGACAAGGCUGCUUUGCAGUUACUCCUACGCAAUCCAGGUUAGUACCUUGCUGAAAGGCUUCAUGUUGUCUGUGACUGAGGAAUAUCAAGACAGGUUUUGUGUACGGUCUCUUCUGUAAAGAAAUCCAUUCAGAGUAGUCAAGGUGAACUAGUAUGUAUGACAGCAGAAGACGAUAGUACUAGUUUUUCCUUCUCCAAAAUAUCGCACAUUUAUGUUACUUCGCAGUUGGAAGGGGGAUAAUUUACAAGAAAAAACAAGUGCAAAGAGAUAAGGGGAAAAGAAGAGCAUGACAUGCGCAACAGACCUACAGUCCUCUUUAGUCAAUUUCGGUGCCUUAAAAACUAGAAUGUUCAGUCUGAGAUGGAUGACUGGUUGUUUGUAACAGAAGAAUCAUUGCUGAGAAAGAUUUCAAGGGAUGCUAGAUUACUCAAUUUGUACAUUGGAAACUCAACAAGUUUGUCAAUUUUAUGAAGCAGCUUUUUGUCUAUGAGCCAGAUGUGGUUUUUGUCUUAUGAUCCAAGAUUAUGUGGCGUGGAAUUCUUUUAUUCAAUGGCUGCCAAGUAAGAUGUAGGCAUAUUGUACUGUAAAUUGAAAUAGAAUAUAAUAUACAUAAUUUUAUUGGAUUAUCUUUUAUUCAGCUUCUGCUUUCUCUGUCUAGGUUUUUUUUUUUUUUUUUUUUGGAAAUGUUCUCUGUGUAGUUUUCGUGUCAUAAAACAUGUGUUUUUCACUUGGACUUGUCAACUCGUUUGUAGAUGGGAAUGCUCUCUUGCACAGGUCAACAAGACCAAAAGCCAUGUCCUUAUUUAUAACGUGAGAAUGUCAUCGAAUUCUGU